GUCGCACGAUGCAAAGCGAACUUCUGUCCUUCUGAAGAGCUUGUUGUCAAUGAACAUGGCUUCAGCAUUCAUUCUGGUCCUCUUAGCCUCCCUGCCAUUUGUCUCAGCUGAGGCUACCGAAUAUGUCUUCAAACUUACAUGUCAGGAUGUCACUGGAGUCAUAAAGCAGGACACAACACUUCCAUGUUCUGUUGAAAGUCAAUACAAUGAUGUAACCAUUAAAGCAGUGUCUUUGAAAAAGAAGGGUGAAAAAGACUCAAUUUUCCUAUACCAGAACAAGAAAAUUGAAGUAAACAGCAGGGAUAUCAGUUGGGCAGAUCAAAAGUGGCCUGAAACAGUAGAUGCAACUCUGGUGAUCAGCAACAUAGAGAUUUCUGAUGAAGGGAAAUAUGAAUAUACAAUUCUUACAGACCGUGGUUACACUAAAGCAGAAUUCACUGUCAAAGUUAUUGCCCAGUACAAGACACCAAUAAUAACUUCACGGCCAAAGACUGACGUUGAAGAUGGAAAAGUUGUUGAUCUAUAUUGCAAUGCCUCUGGCGGUUAUCCUAAGGGAUCCAUUAAGUGGUUUGACCAAUACAACACUGAUUGGACCAAAAGUGCGGAGUUGCAAGCAACAGUGACGGAGGACAAACUCGUAAACCUCUCAAGCAAACUUCAUAUCCCAAAUUUUGAUUCCAGUUUGGCUCCAUACAAAUGCAUUGUAUUCAACAGCAAAAAUGUCCAAGAAGGAGAGGAACAAUUUGAGAUUCAUGAGACUGGAAAGUUGGAACUGAGCGAAAAGACAAAAAAUGUUGCAGCCGCUGCGGUUGUUGUUAUUGGCUCAGUAGCCGUUGGUAUCCUGUUAGCUUUGCUACUGUUCAAGAGAAGACGAUCCCAGCAAGCACGAAGACCAUCCACCCGCCCAAUGCUGAGUGAUCAUCACAGAUGGGCUAGUGACGUGGAAGAAGUUUUAAACCUGUCACCAGAGGAAAUCAAGAAAGAAUUAAGCUUAAACCAACCAGUUUAAGUGUAUGACUCAGGAUGUGCCACACAUCACAACUGCAUUGACUACUGAUUCCAAUGGUCGCGUCUGCUUUCGAACAUUCACACUUUAUCACUUGUGAAAUACUGAAUUCCUUGUGAACAUUGAAUGCAUCAUGAUUUUAUCAUCUCUAAGUCCAUACUCCAAACUUUUUGGAGUUUUUUACUCAAUCAGUUUUUUACUUAAUCAGUUUGUUGUGGUGUGGAAGUAAAGUCCUCUUGUUGGACAGGAAAGGGAGUGUGAAUACCAACGAAUAACUGAGCUAUUGUUCCACUUUCACGUCUUGUUUCACUAAAAAGAGGAUUUUGGUCUUUUAAAGGACUUAGCACUUAUCACUUUAACCUGCUUUUUUAUUUUAAAAACAAAUUGUUACCUCUUACAUCUUGAGCAUUGAAAUGAAUUCAAUUUCCUGACAUCUAUGAUGAAAUGAAAAGGUUUGUCCUCUAUAACAGGACUUUGGCACAACUUUUGCCAAAGUUGGAAAAAUGUCACCUUCUUCAUCUUGGAAAAAGAGGAAUGUCGGUAGCAUUAUAAA